AGUUUUCUUGCAUUACAGUACGAUGAAGGACAACGAGAAGAAUGCUUCCACUGAAUCGUCUUACGCACUUCACUAUGGCACCACUAGUAGUUUGGAGGAAAUGACAAACGCGAAGCAAGACGCCACGCUACAACUGCGCGAACUCAUUGCAGGUGAAACCCAACUUCGUUGCCCCACAAAUGAUGCUUUUCUCGUCAAGUUUCUGCGAGCUCGAGAUUACAACGUCGAUGGCUCGUUCAAGAACAUCAAGAACUACUUCAAAGUACGAAGUGAUUGGCCCGAAUUAUUUAGCAGGCUGGAUCCAGAUUCCGUUAUGUUCGACACCAUUUGCCGUGAGCACCAGCUACUCACAGUGUCUCGCAGCAAAGAUCCCAAAGGAAGGGCCGUUAUUUUGUUGAAUCUGGGAGCCUGGAACACCAGCAUCUGUUCACUGAACGACUUUUUCCGAGUCGGUAUAGUUUACCUCGAACACUUUCUUCUUGAUGAAGAAGUUCAAGCCAACGGCGUCGUGUUUGUGAUGGACUUUAAGGACUUUGGCAUCUACCAUUUGACCCAGUACACUCCACCAGUCAUCAAAAGGUUCUUCAGGCUUAUGCAGGAUUGCUAUCCAGUGCGGAUAAAAGGAAUAUAUGUGAUAAACAAUUCCACUUCAUUUGAUAUCCUGUUCGCAAUCGCCAAGCAUUUCAUGAAAGCCAAGUUGGUGAGCAGGACUGUACUUUUCGGCACUAAGUGGAAUAAGCUUCGCUGUCUGGUACCGGACGACGUCAUUCCCGAGGAAGGCGGCGGUACACUCAGAACCUACGACUACGACGCUAUGGAGCGGGACUUGAAGAGCAGUACCGAAUACUUCAGGGAAAUGAGUAGCUACGGAUACCUACACAAGGCGAAUGUAUGAGCCGAUUCUGAAGGAUGCCAACAACAGGAACAUACUGCGUUGUGAACAGUAUGGUGGUGGCUUUUUACGGGGACCAACUCGCGCCUUCUUUUUUUUUUCUGCUCUGACGUUCAACAGGCUCUGUUUGUGCACAAGUUUGCAGAAUAAACCUGCUUUUUGGGGUCGUGACUUACUUGCGUGUGACGCAUUAUGUGAAUGAAUAAACUUUCCGCCGAAGCUAGCAUAUGUCACAGAAAAGAAGAAACUCAUCUCAAACAAUCGCUGCUUCAUUUGUGUCUGAAAAGCGCGUUUCUUCAAAAAAAAAAGAAAAAUUGCAUUCUUGACAUCGUGACACUACAAACAUCUACUUGCUGAUAAGCCGAGAAGCUGUAACUUAGUGAAAUUCGUGUCAGAUUAUGCGAAUGUUGCGCAUGGAAGCUGGAAGGCAUUUAUGCUAAGACAUAGUCUUCAAAAAAAAAAGAUUGCACAGAUCCCACCC